GCAAUCGUAGCCUACGAAUACUAGUGCUAAAUUUAGCUACGGGGUAGGGAGUCUUUAUACCAUAGCGUCUACUAUAUUUUACUCCACCGGGUAUGCUCAAUUACAGAGGUGGUAUGCUUGAUAAUAUCUCCCAAAUUAAUUAAUCCUUCCACGCAAUCUUCGUGAUUUGGUUGCUUCUGAUCAGGCAGAAUUUCUCUAUUUUGCAUUUGGCUAGGCACUGGAAGAGGACUUGUCUUGAUAGAUUGGUCGUGUGUCAAGGCGCUGGUCUAACCGAAUGCCAGUGCGUGCUGCCUGCCUGGCCCGCAUGACGUUGCUGGCGACCUCCCACAGCUCCAACUCCCAUCUCCAAGUCCUCGGCUUCCUUCGCACCUCAACCAGCCUCUCGUCUCUCACUACCGCGGCGGCCACGGCGGACCAUCCAACAAGAUGGCCCUCGAACUCCCCGACGGCUUUGCAGCCGCCAACGCCGCCGGCUUUGCAGCCGCCAACGCCGCCGGCUCUGCUCCCAAUGGAAAUGCCAACCUCACCCACGAGCUCCCCAUCUUCACAAUUGAGCGCGUCCAGCUGGCUUUCAGCAUCGCGGCGGACUUUGCCGCCGCCGAAGUAGCAAACAACGUGAUCAUCCUUGCCCUGUCCAAUGGUCGGAUACUCAGGAUCGACCUCACGCGACCAGAGGAUAUCGACGACAUAGACCUCCCGAAAAAGGGCGCCCACACGGGUAUUCGACGCAUGUUUCUCGAUCCAACAGCUUCCCAUCUCAUCAUUUGUGCCGCCAACGGGGAGAAUUACUAUCUCCACUCUCAAUCGCGACAGGUCCGCCCGCUCAGUCGACUACGGGGCGUCAUCAUCGAAAGCGUGGCAUGGAACCCCUCCCUCCCUACAGCGUCGACACGAGAGAUCCUGAUUGGUGCCACCGAUGGUCAUAUUUACGAGGCGUUUAUCGAAACAUCGAACGAGUUCUACAAGAAGGAAGUGAAGCACCUCAAGAACCUGCAUCGUCUGCCAGACGGGCCGAUCACUGGACUGUGGGUGGACGACCUGAAAGGCAAGACUGAUAUGAGGAGAGUGGUGAUAGGCACCAACACGCGACUGUUUCACUUGGUGGGCAAAAUCGGACACAGUCAUGACGGCAGUGGCUCUGUAUAUACCAAGCUGUUCGAGUCGGAACAGCCAGUUGUCCAUGAGUUGUCACGAGCAACGCAAAAUGCGGCGCCUUCAGUCGUCGUCUCGCCAGACCCCCCGCAGGAAGAAGGCCAUCGGCAGCAUGAACUUCCCGAGAGAGCAUACGCAUGGCUGAGUUCCUUGGGAGUCUUCCACGGAAAGCUGCUCGACACACCAGCGGAUAGCAACCUUGGCGCAAAAGUCUUCUCUGAGUCGAGAAUGAUACAAAAAGCGCAGAUCGUGUCACCUGAGAGCGGCGGAAGGAGGAGGGCUACGACGGAGACUAUCGACGCCAUUGCCUUGACCCAGUGGCAUAUUGUGAGCUUGAUAGGCGGGCGCGUGGUCACCACGAAUCGCUUGACUGGACAGGUGGUCUCCGAGCACGACGUACUGGGUCCCGGUCAAAAGGCAGUUGGUUUCUCGGUCGACCUCCAGAAGAACACCUUCUGGCUGUUUACUUCGGAGGAGAUCUUUGAGAUUGUGGUCCGUGACGAAGACCGGAAUAUUUGGGAGAUCAUGAUGCAACAGCAGCAGUUUGAGCCAGCACUGGAGCAUGCACACACGCAAUCGCAAAAGGAAACAGUGGCUGCCGCAUACGGUGACCACCUUGCCACCAAGGGGCAUUGGAACGAGGCAGCUGUCGUUUACGGGCGCAGUAGCAAACCAUUCGAAGACAUCGCAUUGAGCAUCAUUGACAACAACCAACCGGACGCCUUGCGGAAAUUCCUACAAACAAAAUUGGCAUCAACAAGCAAAUCUGCCAUUAUGCAGCGUAUCAUGCUCGCGAGCUGGCUAGUUGAGGUCUUUAUGGCCAAGCUCAACUCGCUCGACGACACCAUUAUCACACAAGCCGAAUUAUCAGAGAACCUGAACCCAGCCGACUCACGGAAACUUUUGAUUUCAAUCAAGCGCGAAUACCAAGAUUUCAUCAAUCGAUACAAAAACGACCUCGACCAGAAGACGGUGUACGAUGUCAUUAGCAGCCACGGCAGGGAGGAGGAGCUGCUGUAUUUUGCCAACGCGAUCAACGACUACAACUACGAGCUAGCAUACUGGGUGCAGCGAGAGCGUUGGAACGAUGUCCUCAAUGUCUUGAAGAAACAGACAGACCCUGACGUGUUUUACCGCUAUAGCAGUGUAUUGAUGACACACGUCCCCCAAGAGAUGGUCGAUAUCCUCAUGAGACACUCAGACCUGAAGCCACGAAGCCUCAUACCAGCUCUUCUCGAAUACAACCGGGCUUUCUCAGGGGGCCCAAACUCUCAAAAUCAGGCCAUACGAUACCUCAACUACGUGGUUUACCAGCUUAACUCCAAGGACGCAGCUGUGCACAACACACUCGUCUCGAUCUAUGCCUCACAUCCUGCCAAAGAUGAAUCAGGCCUGCUUUCGUACUUACAAGCACAGGGGGACGAACCACGUUAUGACCCUGACUUUGCUUUGCGGCUUUGCAUUCAACAUCACCGCACACUGUCCUGCGUCCACAUCUAUACUAGCAUGGGCCAGUUCCUGCAAGCAGUCGACCUCGCUCUCUCCCACAACGAGGUUGAGCUUGCAGCCGUGAUUGCCGACCGGCCAAUGUCGAACCCCCAACUGCGGAAGAGGCUAUGGCUAGCAGUAGCACGAAAGGUCAUCUCGCAAUCCAAUGGAAUCAAGACAGCGAUCGACUUCCUCAAGCGAUGCGAUCUUCUCAAGAUUGAGGAUCUGAUUCCCUUCUUCCCAGACUUCGUCGUCAUUGACGAUUUCAAGGAGGAGAUUUGCGGCGCGCUCGAGGACUACUCGCGUAAUAUUGACAACCUGAAAAAGGAGAUGGAUGAGUCAUCGCAAACAGCGACGAAUAUCAAAGUCGACAUUGCGGCGCUGGAUCAUCGAUACGCUAUUGUCGAACCCGGGGAGAAGUGCUACGCAUGUGGUCUGCCACUGCUGAGCCGGCAAUUCUUCGUAUUCCCCUGCCAGCACUCCUUCCACUCAGACUGCCUGGGCAGGAAGGUGCUAGAGCAGUCUGGCGUGGGAAAGUCGUCCAAGAUUAAGGACCUGCAACUGCAAAUUCAUAGGGGGCUUGUGAGCGGGCCAAAGAGGGAUGCUGUGGUCGCAGAGCUGGACUCCCUCGUGGCAUCAGCGUGUAUUCUUUGCAGCGAUUUUGCCAUCAAGAGGAUUGAUGAGCCAUUUAUUACCAAGGAUGAUCGUCCAGAGGAGUGGGCAUUAUAAAGGACUUGAAGAAAGAGACAUGCAGACAUGUCAAUACAGAGAUACCCAACAACCAGCAAUGCAGCCCCGUUGGCACCUGCAUCGGCCAAGGACUACUUGUGAAGUCAGCUUGAACAACCUUGAAAGGUUCAGGCAGGUUGCCGUGACCAUCUCGUACGGCACCAGCACUUCAGCCAGGAUACACACCAAUGAGCAGUUUCGGCCGCUAUGCGCUUCCUCGGACUCGCUCGCUGUCAAUGGCAGGUCCUGGUGUUCACGCGAAUCCGGCAAAUGGGCGGGGAACACCUAUCGACUGAGCCGACCCUGAUCACUAUGCCGCGGAAUCCUUAGCGCA